CGGGGCACUACGUUCUAAGCUGCCCCGGCCCAGACUUUCCGGGCUCCCUAAGCGCCUCCCCAGACCAGACCUUCCGGGCUCCCCAAGCACCCUCCCGGCUGAGACACUUGGUUCUAAGCUGCCCCAGUCCCGACUUUUUGGAUUCUCUAAACAACCUCCCAGAUGUGACCUUGCGCUUGGAGAUCGCGGCAGUUUCGGCUCCCCCGCAAGCCAGAGUCAGCUCCCCCCCCCCUUCCCGGAAGCGGCCCCGCCCCCGCGGUAAAAGGAGUGGGAGGGGCCGCUCAUGAAUAAUGGAUUCUCGAGCAUGGGGGCGGGGCCUCGCCCCCGCAGGCGGGAAGGGGGAAGCGCCGGGACUCCCGGUCUGGAAUGAGGCUGGCCUCGGCGGCGGCGGCGGGACCAGGGCCGGCCAUGGCGGUGUGGACGAGGGCCACCAAAGCGGGGCUGGUGGAGCUGCUGCUGCGGGAGCGUUGGGUGCGGGUGGUGGCCGAGUUGAGCGGCGAGAGCUUGAGCCUGACUGGGGACGCGGCUGCUGAGACAGACCCCCCGCUGGGGCCGGCGCUGGCCGCCUUCAACGGCCUCCCCAACGGCGGCGGCAGCGGCAGCGGCGGGGACUCGCUGCCCGGCAGCCCGAGCCGCGGCCUGGGCCCGCCCAGCCCUCCCGGGGCCGCGGCCGGGGGCUCCCCUCCCGUGCGACGCGUGCGGGUGGUGAAGCAGGAGGCGGGCGGCCUGGGCAUCAGCAUCAAGGGCGGCCGCGAGAACCGGAUGCCGAUCCUCAUCUCCAAGAUCUUCCCCGGGCUGGCGGCCGACCAGAGCCGAGCGCUGCGACUGGGCGACGCCAUCCUGUCGGUGAACGGGACCGACCUGCGCCAGGCCACCCAUGACCAGGCCGUGCAGGCGCUCAAGAGAGCCGGCAAAGAGGUGCUGCUGGAGGUCAAGUUCAUCCGGGAAGUGACACCAUAUAUCAAGAAGCCAUCAUUGGUAUCCGAUCUGCCCUGGGAAGGGGUCGCCCCCCAGUCGCCAAGCUUUAGUGGCAGUGAGGACUCGGGCUCCCCCAAACACCAGCACAGCUCCAAGGACAGGAAGGUCAUCCCUCUCAAAAUGUGUUUUGCCACCAGGAACCUGAGUAUGCCAGAUCUGGAGAACAGAUUGAUAGAACUCCAUUCUCCUGAUAGCAGAAAUACUUUAAUCCUUCGCUGCAAGGACACCGCAACCGCCCACUCGUGGUUCAUAGCAAUCCACACCAACAUCAUGGCUCUCCUCCCGCAGGUGUUGGCUGAACUCAACACCAUGCUUGGUGCUACCUGUACAGCAGGAGGCAGCAAGGAGGUCAAACACAUCGCCUGGCUGGCAGAGCAGGCAAAACUAGAUGGAGGAAGGCAGCAGUGGAGACCAGUCCUCAUGGCUGUGACUGAGAAGGACUUACUGCUUUAUGACUACAUGCCGUGGACAAGGGACGCCUGGGCGUCUCCCUGUCACAGCUACCCUCUCAUCGCUACUCGGUUGGUACACUCGGGCUCGGGAUGUAGGUCACCCUCGCUUGGCUCUGACCUCACUUUUGCUACCAGGACGGGAUCGCGUCAGGGCAUCGAGAUGCACAUGUUCAGGGUCGAGACGCAUCGGGACCUGUCGACGUGGACCCGGGUACUUGUGCAAGGUUGUCACACUGCAGCUGAAUUGAUCAAGGAAGUCUCACUAGGUUGCAUAAUGAAUGGCCAAGAAGUAAGACUGACAGUGCAUUAUGAAAAUGGGUUUACGAUUUCCAGAGAAGGAGGAGGCCCUGGCAGUAUAUUAUAUCGAUACCCCUUUGAAAAGUUAAAAAUGUCUGCUGAUGAUGGUAUCAGAACUCUGUACUUGGAUUUUGGUGGUCCUGAGGGAGAACUGACCCUGGACCUCCACUCCUGCCCCAAGCCGAUUGUUUUUGUGCUGCACACCUUCUUGUCAGCCAAAGUCACCCGCAUGGGCCUGCUGGUGUGAGCCCUAGGCCAGGAACAUACCCACCUCAGAAGAAAACAAUUAAGCACAAAAGAAAGCUGCUUCUUUUGCUCUCUCCUCCAGCAUCAGUGCCUUGACAAGGACCUGUGAUCACUGCUAACCCAGAAUUGUUCCAAGAACAUCCAUGGUGACAAGCCACCAUGUUCUCCUUGGAGUCCCACCUUGUUGGGGAGAGGGAAGCGUGACUUCCAUGACUGCAGAAUGAGGAGCUCUUUCUGUAUAUUCUGUCUUCAUCAUUUGUUUGUGUUUGUAUCUCUCUCCCAUGAUGAGGUGGGAUCGUGAUUCCACUUUCCAAAUAGGAGCAAAUAAUGGAGAGACAUUCCCCUUGUUCCCAAGUCCCUAGCACCCAACAUCUGUGCAAGACAAUUCUGCCCAUCCUUUCUUCACAAACGGGCUGGUGACUCUGCAGCCAUUUCAGGAACUUCCAGGCUUUGGCAGGAGUUUGCCAUUCCCUUCUGUCACAUGAAGCCGCAGCUGCAGGCUCCCCAGGUGUCCCUCUCUCUGUCGUGAUGCUAUUGCUACAUCCCCACCAUUGCCAUCAUCCAAUUUACCAAGUUUGGUCAUUCAAAAGUGUUUAUUUUAUAGCAUCAAACCUGUGAAAUGUUGAUUUAGUUCGCCAUAUGUUUUUAACCAGCACCUAGCAGAAAGAAUAUUGGAGAUCAGGGUAUUAUAAGGAAAUAGCUAUCCAUUUCAGUUUUGGGUUUUGCCCCUCCCCCAAUUAAUAUUUUUGGAAGGAAUCAGAAAGUUUUAUGGCAUGAGACUGAUUUUAAAAGAAAAUCUUUAUUUUAUACAGAGCCAUUUUUUAAUGGCUUACCAAAUGUGCCUUUGGUCAAGAUGGGUCAGAUGUAGUGCAGUAUCACAGUCUCCAUUAAAGGAAGGCCAUCCCAGUUUUAAAGAAUGGUUUAUGAAGGUAAGCUGCAUUUUUGGCAGCUGGCAAGCUCCUAUAGUGAAGACAAACUUGGAAAAGUUGCCAUCCUAUUUCAGGAUUGAACUUUGGAGGAACCAUCAGCCCAUUUGCACAAAUGCUAUCAGCAAUCCCAUGGGUCCAUCUGAUCCCAAUUCAGACUCUGCAAUAUAUGGGUUGGUUUAUCUCCUGCAAAGUGAUAUGGAAAAAAUUCAUCCCAAGCAAUGUCAAGACCUAGUGUUGCCUCCUACCCUGGCAGAUGCAGUGUGGCUCUAGAAUAGCCCUUUAGCAUUCUUAAAGUAUUCUUGACAUUACUCCAAAGAAAUGGAGCAAACCAGUUUGUUGGAUUUAUGGCAUUGUAAUUCCUUCUCUUACCCUAAUCCUAACAGGACUACAUUUAUGCAAAAUGGUUAAAAACAGAACAUGAAUGUCAUAUGACUUAUAACAGUCAUCCUGAAUGUGGAAGGAAAGCAGUGGCAGAAGCUCACAACCAGUUUGGGUUUUGACUCAGACUGACUUAGCAGACAUCACUGAUUCUUUCAGAAAGGGCAAUCCAGACCAGCGGGUUCUCAUUGAAAGAUUUGCUCCUUUCAUCUGGGAAGUGCAAGAGGGGACAUUCCAUGAAGGAUCCCAGUAGUGAGCUAUAUUGAAAAGGAUAGGAAGGUGGGCACAUGUGCAGGGCAUGUACAGGCUGGCUCCCUCCCUAGACCACUGCCCCACCUCUGUCUGUGAGCUGGCUCUAUUCCUGCACAAUUCUGACAUGACAGGGACUGGGGAGAUGCUCUUGUUUUCUUGGCUAAGAUCCAUGCAAUUUCUGAAGGCUAGACCCAAGUUAUUCUCCCUACUUGUACCACAGAGACACAGAUCUAAAGGAAAAAUAUAAAGAAUGUCAUUUUCAGAAUCCAUAGAUUCAUCUUAAAACUUAUAGGUUUAAUCUUUUUAAAGAUCUUUUUCCAUCUCAAGUCCAAUUUGGAUACUAAAAAUCUUGGUGGCAUGGGGAAAGGGUAGCCAACAAGACCCAAGAGUGACUUGGAGCUCAGGUCAUACCUUAAAAGUAGAAUGCCGUCACAUCUAGCAGCGUGGAGCCAUCACAUCUCUGCACAAUACAAAUGUCAUUUCGUUGGACUCCUGUUUUCGAAGGUGAAAAGAAGCUUAACUGCAGAUUGAAAUUUCCCCAACAAAGUCCUUAGAUUCCUGCUUUGCUGUGGAUAUUUUUAUGUAUUCUUGGGUGUGUGUGUGUGUGUGUGUGUGUUUAAGCCUGAGCCAACAAGAAAAAUAAUCAUGGGAACGUCUGGAAACCACUUUAUUCAUCCUUCUUCACAAGAAGAUUCUGUACAGGGUAAAAUGUAAAUGAGAAUAAGAAAAGCCAUUCCUUGUCCGUCCUUUGCUAAGCUGGGAUCAGAUUGUGGAUUUCAUUUCCCAGUUUGGGCUGCUCAGGCACAAAAGCAUCAGAGGCUGAAGGAUCUUGAAAACUAUGCACCUUGAAACAGAAACGAAACUGAACAGAUUGGAACCCCACCCACAAGCCAGCCACUCUGGGAAGUUCUCAGGAUGUACCUAUGAAACACUCUUGGAGACAUCAAAAUACAGGCAACCAGGAUAUGAUGAGAUCCCUAAUCCACAAAUGGAGUGCUUUACGAAGAGACAGCCUGGACAGAUAUCUAAUUUAAUUUCUAAUUAAGCUCGCCAAAUAAGGCAGAUUGUUUGAAAAAAAGGCUUUUGAUUUCCUUCUCAUUUUUGAUGAGGAGACUUGUGAAAAUACCUGGUACUCUUCAUGGGUGGAGCUUAAAAGGAACCACUGGGCAGCAGAUACUUCAUGUUUAUACUCCUAUGCAACCAAUUUUUCUUCCAAUCUUCCCCACAUUCAUGUGAUUGAAUUGGUGAGAGAGUCUACUCUUCCUCUCAUAAUCUUUUGUUUUUCUGUUUCCUCUAUUCCAUUCCCCUCACCCUGGCAUCUUAUAAAGAAAAAAUUGAAAAAUAGGAACAACUAUCUUUAUGUAAAAAGGAAAAGCUUUCCUUACAAAAUCAUAAAAUAGAACUCAACCUGAAAAUUAGUUUAAAAUUUAGCAUUAUAUAGAUAAGUGUUUUUCUUUCAUGUAUGUUUAUGCAGUUAUUUAUUAGAAUAAUUAUAAUUGUAAUUAUAUGUAACUGUCCAGUAGACCCCAGAAAUGGGAGCUCAAAUACUGGUUAUGUGCACAUAUUCAGAUUAUUAUUCUAAAGGCCAUUUCAAGUUUUCAAAAGCCAUUUUUGAGCACUUUUUAAACAAGGGAUAUUUUAUUGUUUCAUAUUAUCCGUUUAUAUUAUCUGCACUCUCAAUAACUUUACAAUUCCAAAAACUUGCUGCAUAGGCAGGAAGUAGAGCUAUGGAAUUCCCUGUUUGUUACAUUUCUAUUAAAAAAUUAUACCUUUAAAUAGCAAAUAGUUAAAACUGUUGCUGGCUAUUCAUAUAUCUCUUGCCUCCUGUAAGGUAUAUCCUGGUAGCAAAAUCUUACCUGCAAUUUAAAUUUGUACUUAGCUGCCAAAUCCUAAGUUUUGCUAAUUUUUUUUAAAAUUAAGAAUCCAUGUGGAGAAUUAAUAAGGUCAUGUUUCUCCUAGAAAAAAUAGCUUUUGCUAUAAAUGGUUUUCAUUGACAAGGAGAUGUGACAUUUGAGAAUAGGUCUGCUGGAUUUGUUUUUCUCAAAAAACCCUUCAAAUCCUAGGUUAUAAUUUAUAUGCAUGUUAGUUAUAAUAGUAUAUUUCUAAAAAUGAGACAGUCCUUGUUCAUGUUUUUCUUUGAUCUGCAAACUACCUUGUAAGCUGCUAUGCAAAUUAUCUUCAAAUCCCUACCUGCUUAAAGGGUUAAACAUUCUUUAGGCUCUGGGAAAGACAUGUAGACUUACGCACUUUCUCUGUGAUUUUUCUUUUUUUUUAUCUUAGCUCUGACAAAAGCUGAAUUAUAUUAAUGUCUUGGUUUUAGAUAACUUUUAAACUGAGCAGUAUAAAUAAAUGUCCAGCGUACACUUUAUGUUGCCAAUGCUGAAUGAAACUAUAAUUGAUCUGUCAAGUAGGAAAGCCAAAGGUUGCUAUUGAAUCCUGUAAUUAAAUGAAAAGUUAAAUGCCAAAACUCUUUGGUUCUGAAGCUGCUUAUAGUGGAGAAAUUCUAGUUUCUAUAAAAUGAGGACUUCUUUAGACCUUAAACUCUGCUUGAACGAUAUUUUAGGUUAAAUAUGAUCCACUGACCUAAGGCAGAUUGCUCUUUGGCAAGACUUCAUAUGUAAUCGAUGGAGUAUUUUUCAGUAAUUUUCUCUCUCCCCCUGCCAUUUUUAGGUAGAGGAAGUGUAAGAAUUCAUCAUUUUAUGUCUCAUUUUAGUUAGGGCCACCUUUUGCUUGGUAACCUAGAACUAAGUACAUCAAAGUUUUAUUUCCCUUGGGUAGUCUCAGAUGCUAAUAUUUUUUAAAAGUACACAGUUCAUAAAAACCUACAUUGUCAGGCUCUUACCCAACACUCGGUAAAUGUUUAUGAAUUGAUAAACAUGUUUGAAAUGAUUAUAUUAUACUUUAGCCACUUGAUUCUGAAAGGGUCUUAUAAGUGAUGCAUGAAUGUGAGUGACUUGUCCCAACAUAUUAAGAGAUGUAUUUUUUGUAGAGAAUGCUUUAGACUAGCCACUCCCACCAAAGUGGAGUUCAGUUGCUUACCUCAAGCUGGUAAAAUCUCAAAGCUGGAGGGUUCCUCUGCCAUCCAGCCUUAGCCAUACCUGAUCAAGGAUCCUUUCUAAAGCACACUGGGCAAGUGGUCAUCCCGACUUUGCUUAAGAACUCUUCAACGAGGCAGAAGCCAUGACCUCUUGAGGCAGCCCCUCAGGGCUGGACAGCUCAUAUCCUCUCACUUCAAGCCCAACCUGUCUCGCAGAUUUUACUAUUUCUUGUUCUUUCUUUUGGAGCCACAGAAAACAAGUCUCCCUUCUACAGGAAAGCAGCCCUUUACAUAUGGAUGUCAUCGAUUCCUUUCUGGGCUGAACCUCCAUCUUCACAGAUCAGCUCACAGCACAAUCUCCAGGCCAAUCAUCCCUUCCCUCAGUGUUUUUCUCCAUUUUAUUGGCGUCAUCCAGAGCUGAAUGGUCCCCCACCGUCCCCAAUGCAUGGGUUGCUAGACCUAGGGUAUAGGAGGGGCCACUCAGCUCUUGUUCUAUCUGUCUGCCUGUCCCUCCAACACAACCUAAGAUCAUGCCCUAGUAUUGUGGCUGCCCUAUCUCAGUGGCUACUCGGUUGACUCUCACUGGACUUCUUCUAUAGAGUUAUUUAUAUAUUUUAGCUUUUAAAAAAUAUUUUAAGAUAUGUUUUUAUUUCAGAAUCGGUAAAAUUUAAAAUCAAUUUAAUUUCAUUGUCUGGUAGUCUCACAGUAACCUACUCUACUCAUGAUGAGUUUUUCCAGUGACUGAACUUAAAGUAAAGUAUUUUUUUCUCAUUUUCCAGCUGUCCUGCUUUUGAUGUCAUGGUUAUAUGUGCCUUUUUGUAGAUAACAUCUGGUGCUUGCUGUCUAGAGAACAUAGUGACCAGUAAUGUACCAUAUUUAACAUAACUCGACUUGUUUCCAAAUGUAUUUAUUGGCUAAAACUAGAUAUGACUUAGACCGUAGUGAGAAAGAACAUUCAUUCACAGAGUAUUUAAGUGCCUACAAUUCACAGCACUGCAUUUGGUGCUUUGGGCCUUUCAGAAGUCAGACUUGUUGACAAAUCUAGUUCAUGCCCACCUUAAUAAUGCCUUCACAUAUACAGUAGGUUUUAAAGACUUAACAGAUUAUUUUACCAAAGCUUUUUUUCCCAUUUUUACAAAUUUGGGUAUGCUGGCAAUUUGAUAAAAAGGCCUGAAGUGACACUUGGGCUUUGAGGAAAGACUGUUAGCCCUAGGAAAAUUGAGAGUGAUAGUCUGAGCACUUUAAGGAAAUCUCAUUACAUUAAUAUGCAGGAGGGAAAACCUGCAGGAAUUGUCUCGGGGGAAGGUAAGUGAAUUCCCAUCCUGAGGUACACUUGAAGAAGUAAUAGAAUCACUCUUUGGAGUCUUAGGAAAGGGGGUUCAGGUCUUGGAGAAGGAUUGUAUUAGGUGACUUUUGGGGUUCCUUCCAACUCUUAAGAUAGUACAAAUUAGUUUUUUCUUUCCCACUGGAAAAAGGAAGGAAAAACUUGAAGUGUGAUAGGUUGUGGAAUUUCAUCUCCUAAAUGUGACCAAACAAAGCAAAGGUUUUGAGUGAAGAACUGUGAAGGGUAAGAGAGAAAAGAGUCUUUUAAUCCCAUUGGAUACAAUUAAAUAUGAUUUACCCUUUUUUUUUUCUUCUACCCACCAACUUUUUUUUUCCAAUGGUGCUGUUACAUGAAUUCCCGGACGGCUCUUUCAAUAGCUCUUAUUUGCAUAAAAUACUUCCUUAGUGAUUGCUCAAAAUGAAGACAUUGGGAAACUUAGAGAAAUAUCCUUUUUUCCUUAAUUUUUAUUUUUAAAGCAACUACUGGAGACAUGGUCCCAGACCAUGGAGUGUACUUGAGAAAAGAGAGAAGAAAAUUUUUUAAUUUAUCAAAAAAAUUUUCAUUCAACCAAAGUCCUUUUCCAUACAAAAUGCCUUAAGUUAAAAAUAGGUUUUUCCUCUGACCUCAUAAUAUAAAUUAGAUUUUUAAAUGGAUCAGCCUCAGGUAUAUUUGGAAAAAAAUAUUCCUGUUCUUGGUAUAGCACUUGAAAGUCACAUUGGUUCUUAACUAACCCUUUAUUUCUAGGUAUGCUAGAACUGUAUAUGAAAACUGAUCAUUGAAUCGAUGUCUUGCCCCUUACAUUAAACACACCUUUGACCAUCUUGGUGUUCUUUACUAUAUAUAAUUGGGAUCUAUAUGUUUAGGUGUCUGCGAUCCAAAGCCUGGAAAACUUGAUAUCGUUUAUCCAUUUUCUGUUUAAAUGGAUCCAGUUACAAUUUUCCUCUUUACCUAGUUAAUCCUAUUAAAAGAUAGGAGUACAGAUAUUUUUAAAUUGUAUUUCCCAUUUAGCAUUAUCUGUUGUUUCCCUUAGCAAAUCUGCCCUUUGGAAUGAGCCAUUUUGGAAGCUGUAAUAAAUAGUACCAGUGUUAAGUUUACACCACAAUGAAUACAGCAUGAGAAGCGAAAGCUAUUCCUUUCAGGACCAUUGACCCAGGGACUUUGGGAAAAUAAUCUAUGUAAAACCACUACCCCUGUGGCCUGUUUUGGCUAACAUCUGUGCAAAUUCUGUCUGCCCUCCCUUUUUCUCCUCUCUCCUUUUCCUCUUUCUCAUUCUCUUCCCAUACUGUUCCCAAUGAUUUUUAAAUAUUAAGACUUAGAAGAUUGUCUAGGAAGAAUCAACAGUACAUCCUUUUAAAAAGUUUUUAUAAAGCUCUGUUCUGUAUUCAAGUAAGACUUCUUUCCUCUCGGAUCUUCUGGGCUGGUCUAGGCUACCAAAUCAAAAUAUCCAUGUUAAACAGGGCAGUAUUGUGUUCUUAACAAUCAAUCCCAGGAAAGCUUUAUGUGUACACUAUAAAUAUGGACAACACUUUCCUUGAGUUGCAUAUUAAAUACAGCAUUGUACAUUACAAUGAAAAUUCGUGACUUAAGGGCAAUAUAUAUAUAAGUACAUAUAUACCUUUGUAACCUUUAUAUUGUAAAUAAUAAAAAAGUUUUGCUUUUA